AUGCUUGUUCCAAUGGUUGCGUCAGUUAGAUUCUUCAUCAUUUUGUCCUUUCUCUCAUUGAUCAUCUCCCCUUCCAUAGCUCAAACCUCUUUCAGACCAAAGGCACUUGUUCUUCCUGUCACCAAAGAUGUUUCUUCCACUACUCCUCAAUAUGUUACCCAAAUCAAACAAAGGACACCACUAGUGCCAGUAAAGAUAAGUGUUGAUCUUGGUGGUGGCUACUUUUGGGUGAAUUGUGAAGAGGGCUAUGUCUCAUCCACCUCUAAACCUGCCCACUGUGGCUCUGCUCAAUGCUCACUUUUUGGGUUAUAUGGUUGCAGUGGUGAGAAAAUUUGUGGUCGGUCUCCAAGCAACACUGUAACUGGUGUGUCUACGUAUGGUGACAUUCAUGGAGAUGUUGUUUCUCUCCCAUCCACUGAUGGAAACAAUCCCGGUAGGGUGGUUUCUGUGCCUAACUUUCUCUUCAUUUGUGGAUCAAAAGUUGUCCAAAAGGGUCUUCCAAGUGGUGUCACAGGUAUGGCUGGUCUUGGAAGGACUAAAGUUUCACUUCCUUCUCAGUUUGCCUCAUUUUUCAGCUUUCAAAAGAAAUUUGCAAUUUGUUUGAGUUCUUCACCUAGAACAGAUGGUGUAAUAUUCUUUGGUGAUGGCCCUUAUAAUUUGAACAUGGAUGUUUCAAAGGUUCUCACUUUCACCCCUCUCAUUACAAACCCUGUCAGCACUGCUCCAAGUGCUUUCUUGGGGGAACCCUCUGUGGAAUACUUCAUUGGGGUGAAAUCUAUUAGAGUCUCUGGCAAGAAAGUACCACUGAAUACAACCCUCUUAUCUAUAGAUAGAAAUGGCAUUGGUGGGACUAAGAUUAGCACUGUUAAUCCAUACACUGUUAUGGAGACCACAAUCUACAAAGCUGUAGCUGGGGCCUUUGUAAAAGCUGUAGGAGCCCCUACAGUUGCGCCUGUUGCUCCAUUUGGGACUUGCUUUGCAACCAAAGACAUUGGGUUUUCAAGAAUGGGCCCAGCUGUGCCUUCCAUUGAUCUAGUGUUGCAAACUGAGGAUGUGUUGUGGAGCAUUAUUGGGGCAAAUUCAAUGGUGCAGUUUAAUGAUGUAAUUUGCUUGGGUUUUGUGGAUGCUGGAUCAGACCCAAGUACAUCCCAAGUUGGAUUUGUGGUGGGUGGUUCACACCCAAUGACUUCAAUCACAAUUGGAUCACAUCAGUUGGAGAAUAAUUUGCUACAAUUUGAUUUAGCAACCUCAAGGCUUGGGUUUCGCUCGCUCUUCUUGGAGCACACCAAUUGUGCCAACUUUAAUUUUACCUCUUCUGCUUAG